CAUUGAUCUGUUUGUAUUUUCACCAAUAUCACACUGUCUUGAUUACUGUAGCUUUAUACUAAGUAUUGAAGUCGGAUAGUGUCCGUCCUCAGACUUUAUUCUUCUUCGGUAUUGUGUUGGCUAUUCUGGAUCUUUUUGCAUUUCCAUGCAAAUUUUAAAAUCAGUUUGUUGAGACCCAUGAAAUAACCUGCUGCGAUUUUGAUUGGGAUUGCAUUGAAUCCAUAAAUCAAGCUAGGAAGAACUGACAUCUUAACAAUAUUGAUGAACACGGAAUCUCUCUCCAUUUCUUUAGAUCUUCUUUGACUUCUCUCAUCAGAGUUUUGCAGGCUUAUUUUAAAGUCUACUUUGAUAAUUAUACUUCAAUAUAGCUGGCUUCCUUUGUAAUCCUCUAUAUUUCAUUUUAUGCAUUUUAAAACACAUCUCUCAGAAGAGAUCCUAAUCUUCACCAGACUACCAAAGGGUUCAGGAGAAAAAAGAAAAAAAAGAUUAAAGAAGCAGUAAUUCUGCUCUAGGCUGUCAUUCAGUGAACGAUUUGUAUUCCGGAAAUGUGGAGAGAGAAAUUCCAUCAUCUGUGCAAUCUUCUUGAAGCAAACUAAGACCAGAGGGAGGUUUAUCCUUGACCUUUGAAGGCUGACUACACUGGAAUUUAAAAUGUUCUUCAGGAAAGAAUGGAACUCAACUUACACUUUUGUAAUAAUUUGUUUCUUGACACUGAGGCUGGCCGCCAGUCAGAAUUGCUCCACCAAGAGUCUAGAAGAUGUUGUCAUUGACAUCAAGUCAUCUCUUUCUAAGGGAAUCAGAGGCAAUGAGCCCAUAUACACAUUAACUCAGGAAGACUGCAUUAAUUCUUGCUGUUCAACGAAAAGCAUAUCAGGGGACAAGGUGUGUAACUUGAUGAUCUUCGACACUCGAAAAACAGCCAGACAACCCAAUUGCUACCUAUUUUACUGUCCCAGUGAGGAAGCCUGUCCACUGAAACCAGCAAAGGGACUGAUGACUUACAGGAUAAUUAGAGAUUUCCCGUCUUUGGCCCGCACUGAUUUGCCAAGCCAAGAGUUAGCCCAAGAAGGUCCUCUCUUCCGUGGCCGGUCUUCACAAGCAGUCACCCCCACAGCCCCUCCUGUGACAGGUGAUUCGAAGCCCACUGGUGUCGCGUGGAGAGAGGCAUUUUCUCAGAAGUUGGGGUCCUCAGAUCACUCAGAGAAACUACUCAAGAUGGAUCAAGCGGGUCCACUGUUCCCUGUUUAUAAAGAAAAAGGCCGUUCUCAGAGUUCACGGUUUACCUCAGAACAACAAAUAGCUCAUGUGCUGCCUGAAAAUGUGACAGCAUUCCUCACGACAGGGGCCAAGGCUUCCCUCCACGCCAUCUCCGCCACUCCGGAGCCCGCGCUCCUCCCCGCCGCCAGUGUGCCAGUGACACCUUCUGUGACUUCCCAACCACAGGAGCCCACCUCAGCUCGACCUGUAGCAAGGCUCACAUCUCAGCCUCCCACAGUCCUCAUUCCUACAAUUUUGACACGUGCUGUGGUGACACCGCAAGCUGGCCUGACCACAACGGCAGCUCCGAUGACCGUCUCUCAGGCACCCACGGCUCUGACGGGCCCACGAGACACGGUGCCCUCUAGAGAAAUGUCCACCCCAACUCUGAACACAGAGGCUGCCCAUAGCCCUGCCACACCCCCUUUGUCCCAUGUGGGUUCUUCCACUACGAAUGCCACUGCUUCCCAGGGAAAUGGGAAGGCCAGUCCUGGUGGUUCUUCCCUGAGCAGUGUUCCCCGAAGUCUACAUGGCCUUGCCUUUGAAAAGUGGCUCCUCACUGGGACCCUGCUCUUUGGUGUUCUGUUUCUCGCCAUCGGCCUUGUCCUCCUGGGUAGGAUGCUCUCCGAGUCCCUCCGCAGGAAACGUUACUCGAGACUCGAUUAUUUGAUCAAUGGGAUCUAUGUUGACAUCUAAGGACGAAACUCGAUGUCUCUUAAUUCGUGUAGUUCCUAGUGGGCCAAACACAGUGAGUUUCUGCUGACUCGCUGAUCUUAGCAGGAUUUUUUGAAGUAUUUUGAAGACAGGCCAAGGCCCUCUGCCAUUUUCUUUUUGCUUGUGUUUUGAGGAGAAGCGGGGAAAGGAAAUAAAUAGGUAAUUUGAGUGAUCUGUCUCUAAAAUAUUAUCUGAAAACAAGCUCCCCCCAAAGUAAUAAAGUAUAAUUGCCAUAUAAAUUGGAAAAUGACUGGCUUUUUGCAAGGAAAACUGGGUAAGACUUCUAGGCUCCGGUUCGUUAAUAUUUCUGGUUCCAGAUAAAGUCAACUGUUUAUGAUAUUAAUUCUCAUAGAUUUACUUUCCUUUUUAUAUGAAUUCCAAUAAAACUUAUUCCAGAUGUAUUUCCUUCCAAUUAAAUAUUUGAAUAAAUCUUUUGUUACUCAGUAAUGUUCUUGUAAGUGACACAUCCAGCUGGAUAACUUUCAGUUUAUUCCCACCAGCAAAAUGAUUAAAUGGUGAAAAUAUGUGUUCUAAGUUAAAAUGAUAAACCCCCCCCCGCCCCCCUUUUCCCAUCAAUGAGCAAAGAGAUUCCUUUGGGAGAAUUCUAGCAGACAAUUAGCCUACAUGGAGUCGAUGAUAAGUCAGUUCUGAUAAAUGGCCAAAUCUACUUGGGGUCUGUUCUGGUUCACCAUUCCCCCGCCCCCCCCCCCCCAAAAGUAAUAAAGGCAUUUUCUAAACUUUA